AUUAUGAUUCUUAACAUGAAGAUUUUGAAAAGUUUUGAACAAUGCUGUAUGUCAUAUGCCGUUAUAUAUGCAUAAUAGCACAGACUUUUCUAUGGCCCAUUCACUCACCAACCUCAUGGCUGUUCUCAAGGUCCUUGGUGUGCAUGUGCCUGACCUUGUCUUUAACUGCCUCCCUCUACUCCAGGUACUCCCUGCUCCCUUUACCUCCUGUUUCUUCUCUGUAGCUUAGCACCUCCUAAUACUCUGCAUGGUGUUCCUAGCUAUUUAUUCCUUGUUAACUCCCUACUGGAUCAGAAGUUCCUUGAGUACAUGUUUUUUGUUUGUUUCUUUUUGUUUUUCAUCCACUGCUAAGAACUCCAGAGCCUGGAAUGGGGACUGAUACCUAUUAGCUGUUCGAUAAAAUUUGUUGAAGUAACAGUGACUUAUGGGGACACAUGACUUUCAUUAUAUUCCAAAAAGGGAAUUUUGUUCAGUCAAGGGGUAGUCAGAAGUAAUUCUGUUUCAGUUCAAGGUUUAUUCUGUGUAUCUCCGAUCAAACUCGGAUCCCAAGUGAUUUUGAAUAACUCCAUUGCCUCCUCUGGCUUCUUCUUGUUUUGUCAGGGCCAGUAAGUAAUUUGCAAGUGACCUAUCCAGCUGCAAACUGAGAUAUCAAAGUCAUCAGGAGCUAUAGUGUGUGUGUGUGUAUAUAUUGUAUAUACAUAUAUGGGGCAGAAGUUGAGAUAGGAAGGAAAAGCAAAAGUCAUGCCUUAAACAAAUAUUGUCUUAAACAAACAAAAAUGUACACACACUUGCAUAACACAUACAACAUAUAUCAUGUAUACACCACAAAAGUUGAUUCUAUGUAUUAUACACUAAAAAUAAAGUAGCUUUCAGAGAAGAUAUUUACUAGUACUAUUUUAAUGACAGAUUAAAUUAUAAGAGUAAAGGUCUUUGAUAUUACACAUGGAGCAAAUAAAAAAAAAAAGUCAUCUAGAUUGAACUACUUUGGAGCCAAAAGACUGAGCUCUAUAUUUACUUAUUAACAAAAGUUAUGAACAACCCUCUUCAGAAACUACCAGAGACCAAUGAAGAUGUUUUCAAGUGUUUUUCUAAUCAGAUGAACAGGGGUAGCCAUUCAUCAGUGUAUCACCAUUAUGUCAUCAUAAUUAACUUAAAGCACAGAAGGAGAAUGCACAAGGGUUUCUUUAGGCUGAAGGUUAAUUUUAAUUAAGGAUUGGGGCAUAAGUCAGACUUUCUGACUACAGAGUAAUUUUUGUACUGCUCUGAGAAUUUGCGAUUAUUCAAUAAAGUUCAUAACAGCAUUAGUGUUAUAUGAAUACUCUGUUUAAACUUGGAUAUAAUAGGUCGGGAAAAAAAAAAAAAACCUCAAAACAAAACUGUGACUCUAGUCUUGUAUUUUGAAAGCCCCUUUGCCAGAAAGAGAGAAUGUGCAGUGGGUUAGAGUGUUAAUUGGGGGGAAAAUCCCAGGAGCAUUUUAUCGUCUUCCUAAAUAAAAAAAAGCUACUUUUGUUCAAGGUCUAUACACACAGGGGGCUAUGACGCUCUGAUUUUUUGUGAAUCAGACAACUGUAAUUUCAUUGACAAGUAUAAGCAUGAGUUUUCUCAAAGACAAAACAAAGUUGUCUGAGCUUCUCUUGAAUAGUUUCAGGAACCAAUGUCCCUUAACACUUCAUUGAAUUAUUUCUAUGAAAGCCAGUAUAUCAAAUGAAAUGUGAUUUUUCUUAAUAUCUUUGUGUUUACAUGUAGAGCAAAUGAAUUAUUUCCAUGGAGAUAAUUUCACAGGGUUUAAAAAUUAGACAGAAGGAGCAUUAUGCUGGAGUAUCAGCCUGAUAGGGCCUAAUACUCCAAACCUUAAAGAAAACUGAAUAAUUCAGCACGAUUCUUCUCUUUCUUUACAAGUUUCUCCUCUGAGUUAGAAGUAAAUGUGUUACCUCAGCCAAAUCCCACACCAUGCAGUACUUUCUGAUGCCCCCACAUGAUCUCCUCUGUUUGCCAUGAUAAACUGAGUCGGAUAACCUGCGUUUUUGUGCCCAUUCAGUUCCGUGAGGAGGGAACCUGGAGAUUCCCGCUAUAGCAGACACCCAGAAAUUUGUCCAACGAAAGAAUGAAAAGCUCACAAUCACAAACGAAACAGGGACUACCAAGUAGGAUUUUUCAAAAGUUACAUAACCAGAAAUGUCAGAUUCAAGAUCAGGACCAGAAUUCCUGGUGCUCUGUGGUCAAUGGGAAGGAUCUCUCAAAAGCCACCCAUGAAGAGGCAGUGGAAGCUUUUCGAAAUGCCAAGGAGCCCAUUGUGGUCCAGGUGCUAAGACGAACACCUCUCAGUAAACCAGCCUAUGGAACGGCCCCAGCAGUGCAGCUCAUGGACGCUAGCACUCAGACAGACAUCACCUUCGAGCACAUCAUGGCUCUGGCAAAACUUCGGCCGCCUACCCCUCCAGUGCCAGACAUCUGUCCUUUCCUGCUCUCAGACAGCUGCCAUUCUCUUCAUCCAAUGGAGCAUGAGUUUUAUGAGGACAAUGAGUAUCUUUCCAGCUUGCCUGCUGAUGCAGACAGAGCAGAGGACUUUGAAUAUGAGGAGGUCGAGCUGUGUCGUGUUAGCAGUCAAGAGAAGCUGGGCCUGACAGUCUGUUACCGAACAGAUGAUGAAGAAGACACGGGCAUUUAUGUCAGCGAGGUAGAUCCGAAUAGCAUUGCUGCCAAAGACGGCCGAAUUCGAGAAGGGGAUCGAAUUUUGCAAAUAAAUGGGGAAGAUGUCCAGAAUCGAGAAGAGGCAGUGGCAUUGCUGUCUAGCGAUGAGUGCAAGAGAAUCGUGCUGCUCGUCGCAAGGCCAGAGAUUCAGUUGGAUGAAGGCUGGUUGGAAGAUGAAAGGAAUGAAUUCUUAGAGGAGUUAAACUUAGAGAUGCUGGAAGAACAGCAUAAUGAAGCGAUGCAGGGCACGGCCAACGAGGUGGAGCAGCCAAAAAAACAAGAAGAAGAAGAAGGCACAACAGACACGGCAACAUCGUCCUCCAACAACCAUGAGAAGGACAGCGGGGUAGGGCGCACGGAUGAAAGCUUGCGGAAUGAUGAGAGCUCAGAGCAGGAGAACGCAGCCGAGGAGCCCAACAGCACAUCUUUGAAGAGCACAAGAGAGCUGGGGCAGAGCCAAGACACUCUGGGAAGCGUUGAGCUUCAGUGCAACGAGAGCUUCAUGUCUGGCGAGUACAUUGACUCCGACUGCCUUGGCAACCCGGACGAGGAGUGUGAAAGAUUCCGACAGCUCUUGGAGCUCAAAUGCAAGAUUCGAAACCAUGGAGAGUAUGACCUGUAUUACUCGAGCAGCACAAUAGAAUGCCAUCAAGGGGAACAAGAGGGAGUGGAGCACGAGCUACAGUUGCUUAACGAAGAACUAAGAAACAUUGAACUGGAGUGCCAGAAUAUCAUGCAGGCUCACAGGCUCCAGAAGGCGACAGACCCGUACGGAGACAUCUGGGCUUUGCACGAUGGAGGAUUCCGGAAUUAUAACACCAGCAUGGAUAUGCCACGGGGGAAACUAGACGACAUCAUCGAACACCCGGAGAAGUCGGACAAGGACAGUUCUAGCGCUUACAACACAGCCGAAAGCUGCAGAAGCACCCCGCUCACUGUGGACCGUUCCCCUGACAGCUCCCUUCCCAGAAUGAUCAACCUCACCAAUAAGAAAAACCUGAGAAGCACAAUGGCUGCCAGUCCGUCGUCUUCCGGACAGAGCAGUAAAGAGUCGACCUCCACCAAAGCCAAAACCAUCGAACCAGGCUGCAGCGCGGAGGGCAAGGAGAAGAUUUCCGAAGGCAGCAAGGUCUCCGAGCAGGAGAAACCCAGCAGCGAGCACAUCCCUUACCUCUCUCCUUACCACAGCUCCUCCUACAGAUACGCAAACAUCCCAGCACAUGCCCGCCAUUAUCAAAGCUACAUGCAGUUAAUUCAGCAGAAGUCCGCGGUCGAGUAUGCUCAGAGCCAGCUGAGUUUAGUGAGCGUGUGCAAGGAGGCCCAGAAGUGUUCGGAGCCCAAGAUGGAAUGGAAGGUGAAGAUCAGGAGCGACGGGACGCGGUACAUCACCAAGAGGCCGGUGCGAGACCGGAUUCUGAGGGAACGUGCCUUAAAGAUCAAGGAGGAGCGCAGCGGCAUGACGACGGAUGAUGACACCAUGAGCGAGAUGAAAAUGGGCCGCUACUGGAGCAAAGAGGAGAGAAAGCAGCACCUGGUUCGCGCCAAAGAGCAGCGUCGGCGCCGGGAGUUCAUGAUGCGGAGCCGCUUGGAGUGUCUUAAGGAGAGCCCCCAGAGCGGCAGCGAGGGCAAGAAGGAGAUCAACAUCCUUGAACUGAGUCACAAGAAGAUGAUGAAAAAGAGAAACAAGAAAAUUUUGGACAACUGGAUGACAAUCCAAGAACUGAUGACCCACGGGGCCAAGUCUCCGGAUGGCACCCGGGUGCACAAUGCCUUUUUGUCAGUCACCACUGUAUGACCGGAUGAAUGGGAUGCAGCUGAUUUUAGGAGGGUGCUACCAGUUUGGGUAGAGUAUGAUUGCCUCGUUCAAUGUGGCAUUUUUAUAUAUAUUUUGUGACUCUUGAUAGUUUAAAUUUUUUGUAAGCAAAAAUACCUGGGUAAUUUUUCAUUUGUUUUUCAUAUGCUGGUACCUUCUUUUUGGCUGAGAUCUUUCUUUAACUUGUGAUAUAUUCGUAUUACUCAUUUAUAUAUAUAAAAAAACUAACAAAAGGAAAGAAAACAAAAAAAAAAGCUUGAACAGAAAUACUGAGGAGCCAAUUAAUUUCCUAUUUUAAUGUAUCUAUUGUAAGUUAAGAUCUGGAUUUAUUUCUCUAGUUUACUUAUUUUCUACUUUAAAAACAACUCAAUGCCAAAACAUUUCUAUGCUUGCUUCUUGGCAUAAGACGUAUUAAAAUCAACCCUGUUAAUAAAUCAUGUGCCACAUCUUGUCUUAUACGUAAAAACCACCUCUUUUUAAUAGCCCAUUGUACAUUUCACACAUAAAUGGCCGUUGUCUUUGUCUCAGUGAAGUGUAGGUGGACAGUCUUCCUGUGGUAUGUAGUGACAUUGGUCAUGUAGCUAGAUAAUUGUGGUAAUUGUGACGAUAAAAAAUAAAUUAUUGAUUAUCCUUAAGAAAAGUUAUCAAGGAGUGUUUUAUUUUCAUUGUCCACUAUGGUUACCAGAUCUCAAAUUAGUUAUAUAUGUAUACUCCUUAGAAGACUCCUAAUUGUGGAUUAUAAAGUGUGUACAUUUUCUAUCACUUUUUUCCAAUAAAACUAUCUUGAAAUACUUACCGUAAGUCAUCGCAUUACAUAUUCUUACCAGGAUUCAACUAGAUAAUAUAUGUAAAACAUCCAACAGAUGUUAACUAAACACCCCCUGGCCUGCCACCCAUAAAAGGUAAAGCCAGGAAAAAUCUACGGAAGCACAUGGAGAGGGGUCAGUGAAGUGUUUGAAAUGUUUAUAAUGGCAUAAGUGUAUUAGUUGACUUGAGGUGCCAUAACAAAAUAUCCUAGACUGGGUAGCCUAAACAACAGGAACUUAUGUCUUACAGCUCUGGAGGCUGGGAAGUCCAAGAUCAAGGUGCUGGCAGAUUCAGCAACUUGGUGAGGGCUCUGUUCCUGUCUUGCAGAUAACCACCCUCUCCCUCUGUCUUCAGGUGGCAGAGACAUAGAAAGGAAGUUGUCCACUGUCUCUUCUUAUAAGGGCACUGAACCCCUCAAAAGAGCUCCACCCUCCUGACUCCUUCUAAAUCUAAAUAUUUCCCAAAGGCCCCAUCUCCAAAUACUAUUACACUGGAGGUUAGAACUUAUUCAAAAUAUGAGAUUUAGGGGGACACAAUUCACUCUAUAGCACCACAUGCAUUCUUUUAGUUCAUCAUUUGGGAAUAAAUUUGGGGGAAUCAUCUUUUUGAGAAUUUCCAGCAUAGUCAACUAUAAAUGCCUUAAAUGUCAGUUUAUGAAAAAGUGAGCUUACCAGGUUCUUAAAAUCUAACUUCGUCAUAAAAACCACACGUAUGUCGAUCAUGGUGCCUCCAGAGUAAAGGCCAAAUCAGCCAUGUACAUGCAAACAUGAGUUUGAUCACAUUUUCAUUCAACCUAAGAGAUGGUUGGAUACGCAACAUCUGAAUAUUUCUGAAGCUCCUUUCUUAUUUAAAAACCAACAGUGGCUUCUUAUUCCCUUUUGAAUCAGACUCUGAUGCCUUGGCCUUAUGUUCCAGGCCCUUCAUUCCCUUGCCCACUUUGCCUCCUGUCCUUCUUUUCAGGUCUUCUCUGAGUUUAUUCCUGGCUUCCUGUUUCCACUCUAGUUAUCUUAUACUAUUCUUCUGCUGGGGUUCCUGUGCCAAAUUUUACACUUCCCUCAGAGUGUAAUCACACAGACAUUUUCUCUUCGGAGCCUCUUUUGAUGACACCAGAUUUUCUCAGCAUUUUGGCAUGCACUAUGAUGCACCUGCGGUAUUGUUUUACCUUCGUUUUUUUAAAAUUCUGUUAUUUGAAUCACAUAAGUAGAAUGUAAUGUCUCCCUGCAUGGAUUUUAAGUUCAUGGAGUUUGGCCCUUGUGUCCCCACUCUGUCUUUGUAAACCUCUGUAAAAUGCCAUUUGAAUAAUAAUGAAUGCUGGUUGAAUUAAAUUAUUGUAUUCAUUUAUCUCUCUCCCCACAUAUUGGUCCUUUUGUUACUGUUUUCCUUACUCUUCUAGCUUUCCAAGUUCUUAUCUCCUUAAGGGUUGUUACAGAGAUGGAAAAAAAAAA